UUCUUCCUUUCUCUUCUGUCUCGGCCUCUCCCCCUCUCUCUCAAGGUCUCUCUGCCCAUUCUCCCUGCCACCACCCCUUCUGUCCUGUCCCUCCCACCAGUGUCUCACCCCUCUAGGAGAAGAUGUCUGCCCACGAUGGCUGCCUCAGCCUCGUCAAGUACCUCCUCUUCGUCUUCAACCUCUUCUUCUUCCCAUAUUCUCCUCUCCCCAGGUCCUAGGCAGCCUUAUCUUCUGCUUCGGCAUCUGGAUACUCAUUGACAAAACCAGCUUCGUGUCCUUCGUGGGCUUGUCCUUCAUGCCCUUGCAGAUCUGGUCCAAGGUCCUGGCCAUCUCAGGAAUCCUCACCAUGGGCCUUGCCCUCUUGGGCUGUGUGGGGGCCCUGAAGGAGUUCCGCUGCCUCCUGGGCCUGUAUUUUGGGACACUGCUGCUCCUGUUCGCCACACAGAUCACCCUAGGAAUCCUCAUCUCCACUCAGAGAGUCCAGCUGAAGAAGAAAGUGAAGGACGUUGUGCAGAAGACCAUCCAAACCUACCGCGCUCACCUGGAGGAGACGGCAGCGGAAGAGAGCUGGGACUACGUGCAGUUUCAGCUCCGCUGCUGUGGCUGGGAGUCUCCUCAGGACUGGUUCCAUAUCCCCAGCAUGAGAAGCAACGAGUCCGAAGGGGACCGCGUGCCUUGCUCCUGCUAUAACUCAUCGGCGACCAAUGACUCCACAGUCUUCGAUAAGCUCUCCUUCCCCCAAUUCAGCCGGCUCGGAUCACUGGCGCGGCCCCGACACAAUGCCGAAGUUUGCUCGGUCCCCGCGAACAGCUAUAUCUACGAACAGGGCUGCGAACAGAACCUCUCCAACUGGUUGACCAACAACCUCAUCUCCAUAGUGGGCAUUUGUCUCGGCGUGGGUCUACUCGAGCUCAGCUUCAUGACGCUCUCCAUAUUCCUGUGCAGAAACCUGGACCACGUCUACGAUCGGCUCGCUCGGUACCGCUAGGCCCCAUCCUUCCUGAAGCCCCACCCCGACCCCCUCAAGUGUCCAGGGCAUUUAGUUCCCUGGCGCCUGUAAAUAUUUGUUUAAUCCCCAGUUGGCCCCUGCCACUGAGCCCUCAUUCCCCUCGGGGGCCCAGGUGUCUGCCUUUCUCGCUGCUGUCACCUCCCCGCCGUGGGACCUGGGGUUUCCGGCCACCAGCUUCCUGUCCCGAAAGACACCUCAUUUCCUUGCCUCAGCUGUCAGCCUACCACCUCCCACUAGAUUUAUUUUUAGCCCAAGCCCCAAAUAAAUCCCCUGCGUUUUGGUAAAA